UGGGGCCGCGUGGCGUCAGCGCAAGAUGGCGACCUCGGUAGCUCUGUUAUCGCGCUUGCGGAGCGGGCUCCGGCUAGGCUUGCGGGGACUGUGCACGAGGUUGGCGACGCCGCCCCCCCGGGCUCCGGAUCAGGUCGCUGAGAUCGGGAGCCGCGGGGGCACUCAGGCACAGGGGCCACAGCAGCAGCCGGGCUCAGAGGGUCCCAGCUAUGCCAAAAAAGUUGCUCUCUGGCUUGCUGGACUGCUUGGAGCUGGUGGGACCGUGAGCGUCGUCUAUAUCUUUGGAAACAACUCUGUGGACGAAAAAGGUGCCAAGAUUCCUGAUGAAUUCGACAAUGAUCCAAUUCUGGUACAGCAGUUGCGCCGGACAUACAAAUAUUUCAAAGAUUACAGACAGAUGAUCAUCGAGCCCACCAGCCCUUGCCUUCUCCCAGACCCUCUGCAGGAGCCGUACUACCAGCCGCCCUAUACGCUCGUUUUGGAGCUCACCGGUGUCCUCUUGCAUCCUGAGUGGUCGCUGGCCACUGGCUGGAGGUUUAAGAAGCGCCCAGGCAUCGAGACCCUGUUCCAGCAGCUUGCCCCUUUAUAUGAAAUUGUCAUCUUUACGUCGGAGACUGGCAUGACUGCCUUUCCACUCAUUGACAGUGUGGACCCCCACGGCUUCAUCUCCUACCGCCUAUUCCGGGACGCCACGAGAUACAUGGAUGGGCACCAUGUUAAGGACAUUUCAUGUCUGAAUCGGGACCCAGCUCGAGUAGUAGUUGUGGACUGUAAGAAGGAAGCCUUCCGCCUGCAGCCCUAUAACGGCGUCGCCCUGCGGCCCUGGGAUGGCAACUCUGAUGACCGGGUCUUGUUGGACCUGUCAGCCUUUCUCAAGACCAUUGCACUGAACGGUGUGGAGGACGUGCGGACUGUACUGGAGCACUAUGCCCUGGAGGAUGACCCACUGGCGGCUUUCAAACAGCGGCAAAGCCGGCUAGAGCAGGAGGAGCAGCAGCGCCUGGCCGAGCUCUCCAAGUCCAACAAGCAGAACCUCUUCUUCAGCUCCCUCACCAGCCGCUUGUGGCCUCGCUCCAAACAGCCCUGACCUCUGGGCCUCCUCAAACUCAGUGCCUGGGUGCAGGGCCCCAGCGCUUCCAGACCAAGACUUGGGCCACCACUUGUCCAAUAAAGUACAUCCCAGAUGCCACA